AAAACAAAUCGUGGAGGAUAAAAAAGAGAAGGGUCGCUUAAACGUCUCUCUCUCACUGUGUCUUUGAAGGCUUCUUUCUCUCUCUUCUUCCCUUGCUCUGUGUCGCCGUAACACAAAAAAGGGAAGAGAGAGAAAGAACCACCCACCCAACAGCUUUUGUUCUUAACAAGACAAAGCUUCGCGUGUGUUUGGGUUUCUUUUCAUCCUUCCAGCUUGGAAGGAUUGAAGUUUCUGUCUUUUUCUGAUCUCCGCGUGCGUGGUUUGGUUUUGUUGUUGAAGAUGUUGGUAGCUAAUAGCUUUGAUCUAUGGCGAAAGGACGCUUUUUUCUCUGCGGCGGAAGAGGUGCAGGAAUCAGCUGAUAUGUACGUUCCCCGAUUCGUCUCUUUGAUUCACGGUUCCUGUUUUGGACCCCUUUCAGUUGUUUUUCAUUGGCUUAAUUUAAUCACAAGAUUAGAAUGGAAUCUGCAUACAGGGCAUGGUUGAGAGAGAAGAGAGAAAGGUCAACUCCUGAGGAAUUAAAUGAACUAUGUAGAGAGCUGCAAACUGCUUUAGGUACCGCAAAAUGGCAGUUGGAAGAAUUUGAUAAAGCCGUCAGGCUAAGCUACCGACCUCACAGUGAUGACAAUACAUCCACUAGGCAUAGGCAGUUUAUUUCUGCCAUUGAAAGCCAAAUUACCCAGGUUGAAGCAGCACUGAGGGAAUCUUACAUUGAGGAAGGUAAGCAACCACUUCGGUGGGUAAAUCUUGAUGAAGAAGAGCGAGAUGAUCUGGCUGCCUUUCUAUCUGGAACUUGUCAGACCACACAAAGCACUAACGAUGAAUACAUGGAGGUGAAACAAGCCAAGAAAGAAGAUAAGAUUGUAGAUAUAUACACUUUCCGCAACCGGGAUAUAUCUGCUAGUGAAAAGUCUUCUAAGGAUGUCAUUUCUGUUAACAAGGAUACAGAUUAUCUGAUAGAAAUAAAAGCAGAUGCUGUUUCUAGAAGUAAUGAUGAUUUAGUUUCUCAAACAGAUAGAACAACUAGUACAAGGAAGACAUGGAGUCCGCCUAAUUAUGGUGCUUUAAAAAUUGUAAUUGCUGAUGAAGGUGAGCAGAGAGAUAAACCCACACGGACUGUUGAUGCCACCCCUAAAGAAAAAGGGUUCAGAAAUCUAUUUUGGAAACAAAAGUUUGAAGAUUAUCCUCAGGCCACGCGAGUAGUUCGUAUGUUCAAUCAGCGUUUUGGGGGCAUUGGUAUAUGCCAGAGCCAGAGGCAGUUUCAAAGUCCCUUGCACUUGCGAUAUGGCUGUUCUGUUCAAGUUACACUUGCUCUAAUGUUGACCAUUUUUCUCAUUGUUCCCUUUGUACUUUAUUCAACUUGAGUUAAACAGCUGCUUCGAUCAAUCUGUUCGAGAGGGCUUUAAUUGGUCAUAUGAGAUCUCAGCCACUGCCUUCAAGUAUUGGUGGGACAAGUUAGCUAAAGGGACAAUGAGUGCCAACUUCUAUUUUGUCGUUGUUGAGUUACCUAUGUGAGUGUGGAUACUGAUAGGAUAACCAACCUCUUCGUCCUACAGGAACACCUGUCUAUUUUAGUUUCAUAGGGCUGUUAAAUGUAUAUACAUUCAUCCAAUAUUUAAUGCAAGUUCCGCUUUAUUUGGUUGCAACACUA